AUGUCAGAAUUCACUCUCGUAUACGUGCCUCAAAAAGCUGUUAAAGGACAGGUCCUUGCCGAUUUCCUUCCAGAUCACCCAGGGAUCGACGUAAAGGAAGGAAUCGGCUGUAUGGAACUACAUCCUUGGAAAUUAUGGUUUGAUGGCUCCAGAACAGAGAAAGGUGUCGGAGCAGGAAUCGUCAUCGUCUUACCCUCGGGGGCACGGUUCACAAUGUCUUGUUCUUUGACUUUCAAGUGUACCAACAACCAAGACGAGUAUGAGGCUCUCAUUUUAGGCUUGGAAAUCUUAAUGGAAUUGGGGGCAAAAUCGAUCCAAGUAUGGGGAGAUUCAUUGUUGGUGAUAAAACAAGUAGCCGGAGAAUACAAGUGCGAGUCGGAACUCUUAAUCCGAUACUGCAACAAAGCUAAACAUCUUAUCAGUGGUUUCUCAGAUACAUGGUUAGAAUACACAGAGAGAAGUGACAACAUGGAGGCAAAUGACCUCGCACAACACGGUAGUGGUUAUAAACCUUGCUAUGAGUAUGAGGCAAUCCGGCGAGAUACGCCAAACUUGGUAACUAGAGACGAUGCGAUGUACAAAGCAGUUCAUUCCGUGUACCAAUUGGAUUUUUCUACAGAUUGGAGGAAAGAAAUAACCAAAUGA